AUGCGCAAUCGGGCCGACGGCGGGAAUGGCGGCGGCGGAGGCGGAGGCGGUCAGGGGCGCAAGCCCACGAGCGAGUCGCCCGGGAAUGAAAGCGGGCCGCCAGGGAAGUCGACGGGACUCCUGGGCUCGCCGGUUCAACCGCUCGCGAUUGAUUAUUGCGAAACGUUUGCGAAGGUGGCUGGUAACGCUGCGACGAUCGUUGUGGAUACCACCACUGGCUGCCGUGGCAGUCGAGUGAGAUCGACGGUUCAAUACCCGUCUGGCAUCUUCAGCGCGCAGAUAAAAUGCCCCGCUGGCGACAUGAACGGACUCGUGCAGUCCUUUUAUCUGUCCUCGUUAGAAGGCAGCAAAGGUCAAGACGAGAUAGAUUUCGAAUUUCUGGGCCGCGAUAAAAUGAGCGUGCAGACGAACUACUACGUGAAUGGCGUGGGGGGUCAUGAGGCGCUCAUUCCGCUCGGUUUUGACUGCUCCUCGGGAUUCCACGAAUACGUCAUUUACUGGAACGACCGGCAACUAGUAUGGCAAAUUGAUGGGCAAGUCAAGCGGGUGGUUCAGAGGAGCAAGUUGAACGGUGGGCCUUACCCCACCAAGCCCGCAUUCCUCUACUCCUCAGUGUGGGAUGCUUCGAGCGUGCUCGGUGGGAUGUGGGCCGGCACUUUCAACGGCAGAGACGUGCCUUAUAACUCGUAA